CACCCCGACUCCUCAGCAUUCGGCGUCAGCAAAAACCCUAAUGUGAUCAAGAUGGAAGCUGUCUAUGGACUUCUCACUGCUUCCCGGCUUUUUGCCUGCCUUUGGGGGCUUCACCGCCUGUCCAGCGGUUUGAAGAUACUGACUGGAGUCAAGAAAAUGGCUUGCAGAAACGUAAACUAAGGACUUUCUCACAAAAUAAACAUUCAUACAUCCAGUCACUUGGAAGGAGCUGGAAUCAUAUUUCCCAAACGUGGACGGAUUGCUUUUGGUGUAUGAAUGAAAAAGCAGCUUGCAAAACCUCUCUGGAUAAUUGGGCUCGAAGCAAAUACUGGAUCUUCUACCUUUGCAGCAGAUCUGGUUCUCCACUUUAACCUGACAUCAAGAGCAGCUCUAUGGGAUAGCACUGGCUGUCCACAAUGCCGGUAGCCAUACGGAAAAGAAGUUGGGAGGAGCAUGUGACUCACCCGUCAGGAUUACAGUACAGCUAUGAUGAUCUGGAUCUGGUCUGCUGUCAUGGGGUGGACAGUGAGGGGCUUUGGAUGGGCUCGGAUGCUUCCAAACAAGGUCGACGGACGAGGUGUGCUUCCAUGCCAGAGGGCUGCCACCAGCUACCUACAGGUGAACUGGCUCAGACACUUGAGGGGACGGCUUCUGUUGUGAAGGAUCAUACUAAAUCAGAACACUUGGAGCUAAUGGAAAACCAUGGAAAAGUUCCACCAGAUUUGCAGCAAUCACUUCAUGGCUCUCACGAGUUGGUGGGUGCUGACAUUCCCCAAAGGCUCUCUAAAUCACAGCGUCUCCCAACCACAAAUGCUGGGGAGUUUUCCUGUAACUCAAACAAUGGCAUGUCUAGUGCAAAUAUUUCUUGUGCAACUGAUAGCAGCUGUGAAAGUGAAAAAGCUAUCACUGAUGAAAGCGACAUUGACACAGAAAGUAGCCAGAGUCUCAACAUCUGCGAUGACGGUAAUGUCUUUAAAUGUCCACAUGUCUCUCGUGAAGAGCGACAAUACAUCUCUAUCUCUUCAGACAAUGGGCCUCCGUUGUCGGAAUCUGCUGGUGAACAGCCUGGCGAACUUCCAAAUCAUCAGGAAACAAAGGAGAGCCAUACAGAGGGUUACAGCAAACCUCCUGAAAUCUCUGAGGUCACACUAAGCCAGUCCGCUUCUGCUGAGCUGGAACCUCAAACCGACCUCCCAGAUGUUGAGGAAAGGAAGAUUUCCACUUCUGACCAAGCUGGUGCAAGUGUCUCAGUUGAUGUGCUGCACAGUUCAGCUACUGUGAUGGAGGAUGAUAAUGCUAUGUUGCCGGCUAACAAAACUGUGGAACCAGUUGUGACUUCGGUGGUAGACGGAGAAUAUAACGAAGGAAUAACUCAAAACUGGAGCGCAGAAUCUGCUGACAAGUUGGAUGGAUUGACUGGGGCAGAAACUCUAAAUGAAAAUACAGAACCUAAACAUCACUCAAGAGACAUUCAAAGAGGAGAGCAGGAUUGUCAUGACUUUACUGGAGUAUUGGAUCAGGAUGAUGGUUGUGAAAUAUCCUGCCAGACACUGAUGGACCAGCACAAUGUUGAAAUAACAGCAAUGAACAGGCCUCAGGGAGAGAAAAGUGCACAAGUAGAAAGCAGCGAGAAAGCAGCACAUGCCAGGCAUGAGCCUACCGAAUCAUCUGAUAUUUGUGUCAAAAGUCAGUGUUGCUCACAGACAGCAAACAGCAACGUGGCAACUGAACAGCCAAAUGCUGGUUAUUCAGAAGGAAAUCCCACACAGACAAACACAAUUCAGUGUGCAGAUGAGUAUAUGAAAACUUCUGUGGGUCAGCCAAUGAAAAAUAUUGAUCAAAACAUAUUACCCGCAGACUUGACUGUUUGUGAAGAUCCAGCUAUACCUCAUCAGACAGAAAACAGCUGUUCAAAACUGGACACUAUCCUAGAGGUCAGCCUAGUUGAGGCAGAUGACACCUCUCUACUGGAUCCGCUUAAGAAUACCGAUGUUAGUAUUUCUCAAAAUCCAGCUCUUCAGCACAUGAAUGAUAAACUUGAAGCUACUGAACAACACACACAAAAUCCGCCACCGUGCUCUGCAGAGGUCAGCAGCGAAUUCCAUGGUAACCAAGCCUCUGGUCAUUACUUCAGUGAGUCACCUGCCGGUGAGGUGGCAGAUGGUCACAGGGAACACCAGAGGCCAGGAGCCACUGUCUCUAGAAUGGAGGAGGUGGAUGAGGACAUGCACUCAGUUGUUACCAGCAACACACAACCGUCCAGUUUAGUUUUAGAUGGAACAAAUGAGGCUGGAGAUCAAAAGGAUGACAGCGUGGUCAAAGUGCGCAUGAGAAAGCGUGAGCAUGCUCGUUUGGACUCAAUGGUGUUGCUGCUGAUGAAGCUGGACCAACUGGACCAGGAAAUUGAGAAUGCCCUUAGUGCCACCUCCUCUAUGGACAGCACCCCCACCCUCCAUCGACGACAUCUCCUGGAGUUUGAUUUAGGGUCUGUGCCAGCAGCAUCACAAUCCCCCCAACAUCCACAUGUCCCAGCUACUGUCUCCUCAGGAUCUGCACCAACCCUUGGAGCAAAACCUAAGAGUGGGAACACCUCUGCUAUUCCUGAGAAAGAAAAAGCUGAGAUCGAAGCCAAAGAGGCCUGUACCUGGCUCCGGGCUGCAGGGUUCCCACAGUACGCCCAGCUUUAUGAAGAUGCCCUGUUUCCCAUUGACAUUUCUUCAGUCACCAGAGAUCACGACUUUCUCGAUCGGGAUGCUAUUGAGGCUCUCUGCAGGAGACUGAACACCCUCAACAAGUGUGCUCUAAUGAGACUGGAGAUAUCGCCGCAAAGAAAAAGAAGUGAGGACUCAGAUGAAGACGAGCCUUGUGCCAUCAGUGGUCGCUGGACCUUCCAGAGAGACAGCAAGCGCUGGUCCCGUAUGGAGGAGCUGGAGGUUUUUUCCUCGCUGCCUACAGAUGCCGCCCAGCCGCCGUUUCCCAAAGACCAAGUGUCCCAGAAAGGCAAGCUCGCCCUGCGUGAAGGCAACAGUUCAGAGAGUGUGCUAACUGACCUCAGUGAACAGCCUGAAGUGGGCUCCAUCCAUAGCAGUGGAAGUGGAGGACGAGGAGAGGAGAAGAGCCAUGGUGCCGCCCUGAUAAAUGAAGCUGUACCAGCCGGUGCCACCCGUGCCAGCUCAGUAGCUAGCAUGUGCUCAUCCUCAGGCACAGGAGGGUCAGGAUGUGCUAAUGAGGACUCUCUGUCUGAUGGGUUGCCUCCAUCGCCGCUGGAGACACUCAGACAGUUCACGUUUGAUGUGAAAACAGGGAUGGUGGGACUAGGAGGAAGUCUGGACCGAGGAGGUGGCAGCGGCAAAAGUACACGAUCAAGAGCUAAGAGCUUCCUCAAAAGGAUGGAGAGUCUACGACUUCGCAGUGGGACCUCCUCCAAGAGAAAGAAGAAGGGGAGCACCAGUGGAGGCAAAAUAGAAAUCAGCGGUCCUGUCAUCAAGGAGGGUCUCGAUGAUGACAAGCUGCGGAGGCUCAACUGCGUUGACAUUUCCAGUAUCAACCUCAAUCAGAACCUCAAUCACCACCGCAAUCCCACUCAGACUAUGACACUUAACCGGAAUCGCUCUGUAUCUUAUUCUACUCAGACCAGCAACGGAAGCACCGGAAGUACUGGGAGCAGCCAGUCUGAAGCCAGCAGUGGAAGUGCAGUGAGCACACCGAGUCCGGUGACUCGAGCUCGCAGCCACAGCACGGCAGCCGGCUCGAGUAAAAGAGGAGGAAUGUAUUUGGAGGGCUUUGAUCCUUUCAGCAUUCUCCAACAAGCCUCAGAUCGCCAGCCAACACCUCCACCCAAAUCAGCCCCGCCCAUCCCCUGCCAGGCUAGUAAUGGGAUGACAGUGGAUGAGCAGAACCGCAGGAACAACUGCAGUGUUCGAGACAAAAGCAGACAAGGGGAAGAAGAAGAGGAGGAGGAAGAGGAGGGCAUGAUCUUCUUCUAUUUACCAGAGGGCCACAAGCCUGGAACCUUCCCCAAAGCCCUGCAGGAUGGGAGUUCGCGCAAUAACAAUGGACAUGACAACGGAAACUCAGUGAUCCUCAGGGGACGGCAAAGUAGACGACAGCGACGUGGCUCAUCAGGCUCAGUCGACAGCCGGCUUAGUUUUUAUGACAACGUCCCCUAUACUGAGAGAGAGGACGGAGAGGAGGAAGAGGGGGAUGAGCACAAAUUGGAGGAAGUGCUUCAACACGUCAGUGGCCUGCAGCGUUUUGUUAAUGCCUGGUCAGAGGCUGAGGCUGGUGAAGAGGAGGAAGAAGAGGAAGAUGAAGAGGAAGAAGGAGACUCUGAUUCAGCCCUGGACUCAGCCUCCCCAUGUCCAUCCUCUCCUCUGCAGAACCGACUGGAGGAGACUGAAAACGGUAGUGACCAAGACAGCACAGGAAACCCCACUGGCGAGGGAGAGGAAGGGAUGAGAGAGAGAAGAGACUCUGGUGUUGGAGCAUCACUAACCCGAACCAGCAGACCACAGAAACUCCGCUGGCCAAGCUUCCAGAACUCCCAUCGGCCCAGCUUGGCCUCUGCCCAACUCCAGAUUAGCUGCCAGUCUGUGCUACAGAUGAAUCUGCUCCAGAAGCUCUCCCUUCUGCAGCUCACUGCUCUGCUGGAGAAACACACCCCUACAAACAAACAUGGAUUCAGUUGGGCUGUGCCAAAGUUUAUGAAGCGGAUCAAGGUGCGCGACUACAAAGACAGGAAUGUGUUCGGUGUGCCACUACAAGUCAUCGUCCAGCGGACAGGCCAACCCCUCCCUCAAGGAAUUCAGCAGGCAAUGCGCUACUUACGCAAUCAGUGCCUCGACCAGGUGGGUCUUUUCAGAAAAUCGGGAGUUAAAUCUCGCAUUCAAGCUCUUCGCCAGAUGAACGAGGCGAGUGGCGCAGAUGGAGGAGGAGUCAACUACGAGGGACAGUCAGCUUAUGACGUUGCCGACAUGCUGAAACAAUACUUUAGAGAUUUGCCAGAACCCCUGCUGACUAGCAAACUAUCUGAGACCUUCCUCCAGAUCUAUCAGUACAUGCCUAAAGAGCUUCGUCUUCAGGCUGCUCGCGCUGCCGUGCUGCUGCUGCCGGACGAGAACCGAGAGGCGCUGCGAACGCUGUUGUGUUUGCUAAGUGACGUGACGGCCAGCGUUACCGAGAACCAGAUGACUCCCACCAACCUGGCUGUCUGUUUGGCUCCGUCCGUCUUCCACCUCAACACCCUGCGGCGCAAGGAGAGCUCAUCGCCAAGGGUGAUGAACCGGAAGCAGACACUGGGAAAGCCAGACCAGAGGGACCUGAAUGAGAACCUGGCUGCCACUCAUGGUCUGGCACACAUGAUCCAGGAGUGCAGGAAACUCUUCAGGAUCCCAGAAGAAAUGAAUCGCUGUAGGAACUCCUAUGUGGAGCAGGCUCUGUUGCCACAGCGUUUGGAGGAGCUUGCAGGAGAAGAGGCCGGGCAGGGAGGCUACCGAGCUUACCUACAGGACAGCCUAGACACCCUCCUCAAAGAGGCCAAAGACAAGUUCAAAGGUUAUGACAGCUGCUCCACUCCUGAGCAUGCCGAGCUCUCCUGUAGGAAGGUGCAUGAUGGGUUUCCACUGCGGCUGUGGAAAGUGACUGUGGAGAUUCCUGCAAGUCCUGAGGAGGUUUUGACGCGGGUGCUGCGAGAGCAGGGACACUGGGACGAGGACCUGCUCGAGAGCCGAGUCGUGGAGACGCUCGACGAGAGGACAGAGGUCUACCAGUAUGUCAGGAACACCAUGGCUCCACAUCCCACCAGAGAUCACCUGGUGCUCAGGACAUGGGUAACAGACCUGCCAAAGGGAGCGUGUGCUCUUGUGUGUACAUCUGUGGACCAUGAAGGGGUGCUGGUGGUGGGUGUCCGAGCCAAUGUCCUCACUUCACGCUACUACAUAGAGCCCUGUGGAGCCAACAAGUCCAGACUCACGCACAUUUCUAGAAUCGACUGCAGGGGUCGUUUCCCAGAGUGGUACAAUAAACUGUAUGGACACUUGUGUGCUGCUGAGGUGGCGCGGAUACGAGACUCUUUCUCCGUGCCCAUGGACAAAUGAGAAGGCAAUUUCUUGGAAUGAAAGGAUUCAUUCCUUCAGAGGGUAGAUGCGAUCCACGCCUCAUUAUGCUCACAUUUAAAGGACAAACCCUGGAUCCUGGAUUGAAGGACUCUUCGUGCCCUACAUCAGCACAGAUGUUGCGCUUAAAUCUGUUUGGGGCAUUCAGUGUGCUGCCGAAAGAACUCGUCACACAAACAUGUUUCUUGGCCAGAGGACAGGAUGUUGCUGAUACAGGAUGUGUGAUUUAAACUUUAUCCAAAGGGUGCUAUUGCUUCUGAGAAGCAAGGGGGAUUCAAUGUGUGAGUGUGAGUGCGUAGCAACAAACGGUUAAUACAUAUACUGGUUUCCAGUCGCAGAAUAAUGUGUACAUAUAGUAUUUCAUUCACACAGUAAUGGUUGGUGUCCAUCUUGUGUUACCUCUGUUUCUUUUUCUGUUACAGCAAAGCACAGGGGGAAUAGUAGACAUUAUUAUGGUCAGCUGACUGAUGAAUCUAAGGGUGAAGAAAGAUGUGAAAGUGCUGGUAAUAUGCAGACUGAGUGGAGACAAUAGACAAGAUAUUGUGAGAUGACAGGUGGCAGAUAGCACAGAGGGCUUUAGUGUUUCGAGGUAGAGACAGAUGAGUGCUGGUGGCUGGCUCACCAAAAAGAAAGGAACGAUCAAAGAAAGAACCUCAUUUACUAACAUACAAAUGGAUGUCUCUUCAUUCCCUCAAGGCGAAUUUGAUUCACUUAGUCUAGAUGUAUCGUGAGCUUCAUAUGAAAGCUAUUUUUGUUUCUGAAGAUACUCUGGCAAGAUUAGUGUCUAUGUUAGUAAUGCAGCCACAAUGAGAGGUCACGCACAAGUCACAUGCAAACAAAUUAUAACCUAAGACCAACAGAUUUAAUGGACCAAAUAAAGGAAAAAAAAAUGAAAGAAGUACUUUCCCCUUACUGAGCUUUUUCUCACUAUUGCAGUGUUAGAGAUUGUUUUGUUUAGAGCACAGCACAAUUCACAGUUUUUGAAAUUGUUGUCGACCAGGCAUCACUUGUAUACUUUAGAAAUUAAAAAAAUAUAGAGAGAGAUUUUAUAAUUGCUUUGAUGUACAUGAGAACAGAAAACAAUGCACUGUUCUAACGCAACACAAACCUCUAGCUAGUCCUCUCAGCAAAGAUGAAAAGAAAACAGGAAAAUGGGCCUUUUAUAAAGGUGGAGAUUUUACAGGUUUUACUGUAAAGAAGAGGGCAGAUUGAAUGUGUGAUUUUAAAAGGAAGGAAAAAUAUUGUUGCGUAAGCUUCUCUCUGUACUGUCUUGUGUUUUAAAAAAAGAAAUUAGAGAUUUGGGUCCUCAUAACGGUUGACCUUUUUUCAUAAAACGCUUUGAUCUGAGGGUGCAUUGUUCAUGUUGAGUUGUAUGAUUAAUUCACUAAGCCAUUGGUCAUAUCAUAGUUGUUUGUACUUAAUAACGGUGUCUUUGCCAAAUAAUAACGCAUGACAAUGACAGUUAAUUUAAAGCAAAUGUAUUUAUACCUCAGAUAUAUGUUUGUUUUGUAUCAUACCAUUUUAUUUUAUUUUAUUGUACAUGUUAAGCUUUGUGUUUCAGAAAUGAAAAAAUGUUUUAUCUUUUUUAUUAAUAUUAUUUCUGUACAGGUUAAUCAAAGUGCACUAUUAAAUGUAUUAAAAAUAAUAAUUGCAUGUCCUGAGACUUACAUAUUAGUGGUUUCACUGGGAGGCCACACUAUAUAUGCCUUUUCAGACCAAAAAUUUGUAGCUUUGUUCUGGUUUUGCUCCUCAAAUCCCAUUUAAUCUCUGCAAUCACUUGUUUACAUUACAGUUUGUUCCAAGUAAUUACACCUUCUCAGAUCCAGACUCUGCUUUUCCCUCAUAUCCA